AAGGUCUUGAAAGUUCUUUGCGUGUAAGCCAAUGCCACGGCGCCCCAAAGGUAUAUAAGGAGAGGGAAUCAAACUGUUGCCAAAGAAGAAAGCAAGAAGCAAAGGGAAUGAUCCAAACCCAACGUUGCCAGGGCUUUCCAAUGAUUGGAAUAUGUAUGCAAUCCUAUUGACAAACUAAUCUCAACAUUUUUCAGUGGUUAAAUUGUAGGGUUUUCUUUCAAGAAUCCCUUUUGUCAUUUAAACUUCAUUUCUUUUCAUCUUCCCCUUACCCCAAAUCACAAUCCUAGUCUUUCUUGGAUCCUGUCUCCAAUGCAUCCCCAACAAGCAGAAAUUCCUGUUAUGGAAGUAAAAUUGAAAUUGCUUGGAGAACUUGAAUCACUGGGAUUCCCACGGGCCCGAGCAGUUCGGGCACUUCAUCAUUCAGGUAAUACUACCGUUGAGGCUGCUGUAAAUUGGCUCGUUGAUCAUGAGAAUGAUGCAGAGAUUGACCAGAUGCCAUUGGUGACAAUAAACAUGGAUAUUGAAUCCCCUCAGGCAUCUGAUAUCACAGAAGCAAUAAAAACUAAAGAACAGGAACUGAGGGAUCGAGUUCGCAUAAACAAACGGGAAGAAGAAAAGAAACGUGAAAGAGAAAGGGAGAAGGAAAGGAUUCGAGCAGGUAAAGAACUCCUUGAAGCAAAGAGAAUUGCGGAGGAAAAUGAGCGACAACGGCUUUUAGCCUUUCGAAAAGCAGAGAAGGAGGAAGAGAAAAGGGCAAGGGAGAAAGUGCUUCAGAAAUUAGAAUUGGAUAAGUCAGAAAGAAAGCGAGCACUUGGAUUGCCACUUACAAGCCAAGCCGUGAAACCAUCUGCACCUAUUAUACAAGAAAAAAAGUUGCAGAAUUCAUUGCCUGUUAAGUCUGUUAAAAAGGCUGACCGCAUGAGAGAAUGUCUAAGGUCUCUGAAGCACACCUAUAGGGGUGAUAAUGCCAGAGUCAAAAGGGCAUACCAGACCCUGUUGAUUUAUGUAGGAAAUGUUGCAAGGAGUCCCGAUGAGGAAAAGUACAGGAAGAUUCGACUUAGUAACCCAAAAUUCCAGGAAAGGGUUGGGAACCUGAAAGGAGGGAUUGAGUUUCUUGAGCUCUGUGGGUUUGAGAGAAGUGAAGGGAACGACUUCUUGGUUUUUCCUCGUGAGAAGGUUGAUAUAGAAUUGCUCAACUCAGCUGACUCUCUGCUAAAAUCUGCAAUUACAAAUCCCUUCUUCGGUCUUCUGGAACAUGUGAGAGAAGAUUAGCGUUUGUAAUAACAGGUCUAAGGACAGUAGUUGGAUGUAAAUGCCGAAAGGGGUGACCAUUAAUGAUUAAAUAAUUGGAAAUGUAUAGCCAAAAGUGA